UAGUCUCAAAAAUAAAACAAUAAAAAUGUCUGGAAGAUAUGAAUGUAAAUUAUCACCAGAAUUGAUGAAAAAAGCUGUUGCGGAAUUAAACGAACCUGAAGAUAAUGAUAAGAGAUUGGCUGCAAUUGAUAAGCUGAGAACAAGAUUUGAAGAAGAAGAUAAUGGAUUGGAAUUAAUUCGGUCUGAUGAUGAUUUUUUACUCAGGUUUCUCAGAGUGAAAAAGUUUGAUGAGGAUCGAGCCAUGGAGACUCUUGUGAACUAUCAUAAACAGAGAAAUGAAUGGAAAGAACUUUUUGAUUAUGUUGAUGACCCUACACCUUUCAAAGACUUGAUAUCGGCUGGACCAUUGCUUCCUUUGAGAAACGGCAGAGCAAAAGAUGGUACUUUUGUCAUGAUUGUGAGACCAGGAUAUGGUUUUCAGAGCAAGGACGAUAUGCUGAAGUUCAUCGCUAUACUGAUUUUAUCACUCGAUAAAUUACUAGAGCAAGAAGAAUUCCAGAUUCAUGGUAUGACUGUAAUAGAGGACAUGACACAUUUUGGACUGACAAUGGCAUUGCAAAUGGCAUCUGUGGGCAAAAGGAUGCUUCAUAUUGUUCAGGAGGCUAUGCCUAUUCGAGUUAAAAGCUUAAAUAUGGUCAAUGAAGGUCUUGUGUUCGAUACUAUAUAUGCAGUCAUCAGUGCUUUCAUGAAAGAAAAAAUGAAGGAAAGGCUGAUGCUUCAUGGAUCAAACUUCAAAACUCUUCACGAUAAAAUCGAUCCGGCAUAUCUACCAUUCUUUCUUGGUGGAACAGGACCAGAUCUGAAUACAGACUGGUGGACAAAUGAAAUUUUGUCAUCUUGUGGAACUGGAGAGGACACAGCUUUGUAAUUUGAUCAAUUGCUGUAGAUCAGGCGUGUGCAACAUGCCGGCCCGUGGGCCAAAACCAGACCCACCAAGACAUUUAGUGUGGCCCUAGUCAACGCUCAGAUUUUUCUGAAUUAUAUCUUUCGCCGCUUUGCCAGGCGUCUUUUUUACUGUAAAGCUGAGUGAUAGCUCUUUUUUAGCCUUUCUCACGGCGUUGUAUAAAUGGAAAAACUACGGUAAUUUUUUGUGUGGCCCAGGGAUAUGUCUGAAGUUGAUUACAUGGCCCACCGACAAAAAAAUGUUGCACACACCUGGUGUAGACCCAUCAAUUGUAUAAAUAAUUGGUAUUUGUGCGAUAUUAUCUCGGACAUAUGUUUACCGGUACUUAUCGUAAUUUCAAGCAGCUAUUGGGGUAAGUGAAGCUAAUUACUUCAAAAUCAGAAUCUUUACAGUUCAUUAUGGACUUUUUUGGAAUUUUUUCUUUUGCUAAGAUUGUGGGUUUGGAUUAGGAAAUGGGUGCUCCAGAAGUAUGCGCACCAAGAUGUCGCACAGCCUGAAUCCUAACCGGUACAUACAUACUAUGUUCAGGUGGUGCGCCAUCUUGGUGCGCAUACUUCUGAAGGUCCAAGAAAUGAGUGGUUUGGAAGUUGUGCUUUUUUAAAAUAGGUCUGUAUUCAUGCUAGGACAUAUCUCAUAUUAUAAUUUACUUAUUGUUUAGUUAUUCUUAUAAGCAAUUGUAUUCUUGAUUAUUUUUGGUAGAAUUUUUGCACAAUGUUUCCGUUCCGUUUAGAAUUGAAUCUAUAGUACUUUUGCACAAUAAAUAUUCACCUGCUGUUUCCUGUUUGAAUAUGCAACUGUCGAACUUCAAUCGAAAAAUCGAUUUUGUUACUGCUGUGGCCAUACUUCCUUUACUGAUCCCUAUCCUGACCAAAUUCCUUAUGUAAUAAGUUAAACAAAUUGUGUUUCACUGUUACAUUUUCUAAUUUCUUCAAAUUAAAGCCAUAAGUUUUUUUGUUCAUUUAUCAUUCUAUCCUGUUAUUUUAAAAUUGAAUCUGAUAAUAUAAUCUGGAGCAGUGGUUCUCAAACUUUUUAAGCCGCGUCUAAAGGCUUCACGCCCCGUUAUAAAAUUGUCUACGCCCCCUUUGUGGGCCGUGCCCCACCGUUUGAAAACCACUGAUCUAUAGUUUUUCAUAAUAUUAGCAAUCAGGUUCAUGCAUCUGAAACGAAUAUCUUGUUCAACUAAUUCUCAUACCUGACAUGGUAGCCAGAUAAGAUGCUCUGGUUAAGUCAUAUAAUUAAGUCAUUGUAUCAGCUUACCUGUCUACAUGGAUAAAUAUGAAAUUGCUAUCCUAUCAGCAACUUAAAUCUGUUGAAAUAGGCUUCAAAUAUGGUACAUCCUAUUAUAAGUUCGCUAAUAUCAGUUAGAUUGAACCUUUUAUGUUCUGAAGUAUGAAUCUGUAUCUUUGUAUUACUGUGUAUCACUUUUUCUUAUAUAAACCUCAUUUUCUUAUGCACCUCUUAGAUUUAUUUGCCAAAUUUUGCGAUUGAGUUCCAGACAUAAAAUCUUGUAAAUUUAUUUUGAUUUUGAGAGAAAUACUGCAAAUCAUGUUUUUCAUCCAAUUAUGUUCCUGGCUUAAUUUUUUAAUUAAUUUUUAUGCUGGGUCGAGUUCACCAAAGAUUUAAAUUUAUUGAGCCAUUUCAAUAUAAUAAUACAUAUGUGUUUGCUAUAGGGCUUUAUAAUAACUGCGAUGUCGAAUUCAUAUGCAACAAAUGAAAAUAAAAUAAAGUAAACUUGGAAAAGGCAUGUACUGUAACAGAUUUUAUUUUUAUUUUCUCCCAUUAUAAUUUUUUUUAUCUAACUCUUUUGUAAACUCUGAGCAGUGGUUUUCAACCAGGGUUCCAUCAGAACAGUCCAGGGGUCCCACAAGUACCCAUUAGGAUGCGAGAGUAUAGAUUAGUAAAUGUAUAUUGUUUUAAUAUAGUCAAAUAUCUAUUAUGUUUGCCACUAUCAUUAAACUUGCAAAAUUUCAUUUUGUCAGUAUAAAGUUUUCUUCUAUAUUUAUUUAUUCCAUUCAGACAAUAAAGAACAAUUAAACUAUUGCGCAGGGGUUCCUCGAUCCUCUGGAAUGUUUAAUUGGGAACCACCAGAAAGGUUGUAAACCACUGCCUCAAAGCAUCCAUUCGUAUUUAUUCGUAUAUUGUAGCACAAUUUCCGGUAGAUAAAAUAAUAUUCCCAUUACACUGAGUACUUAGUAGAGUUCAUUAUAUUAAUAUUAUAUACCAAUAUAGCACAUUUUUUUAUUUACCUAUGUAACUACCUGUAUAACCUUAAUUUUCGUGUUUCACUUUCCCUGUGAUGGAAAUGUCUUCCAGAACCAGGGCUGUGGUGACCGGACGACAGGCCGUGGUGUGCCAUAUUAUUAAGUCGUCUUUUCGAUUUUCUCCACUAACUGGAUAAAUAAGUAAAUCCUAUCCUUAAAACAAGCUGAAAACAAUUUUGUCUCUCAAAUCUGGUUAAGAAAAAUUUCAACCCGUCUCCUAAAUACGGGUGGUAAAAAUUUUCCAAACUCCAAUGAAAUAAAACCUUAACAAUUUUGUCUUUUUAUAUUUCCAAUGGAAGUCUAAAAUUCCGGACUCCAGUGAAUUGAGAAUAUUCUAACUUCAAAUAGUUUGGAAAUGCAACUCUGACUACCGUGAAAACCUCUAAAACUCCACAGCCCUAUUUAAUAUUAUUAGACUGUUUUCUGUAUGGUACAUUGCAACAUUGAUGACAGCUUCAUCAACUAAAAUCUACCUUAUGUAUUUUUUCUAUAGUUGUUAAAAUUUUAGAGAUGCCAAAAUUGAUUUUUUCUUAUUUUCAUUGUUUAGGCUCUAUCUAUUAUAAUGAAAUAGUGUGGUUGGCAAGCAUGAAAUAUUGAUAAAAUUUAAUAAUUCAAGCAUUUUCCUUUUUUAAUGUUCCGUUCAAUUCGUUUUGAAAUAAUCAUUAUUUGAAUUUUUGAUUUAGUUUAAGAUAAACUAUGAUUGUUUAAUACUAUUUUUCACCGUAAUUGUCAUGAAAUCUGGGAUCCUGCGAUAAUUAUGCUUUCUUUUCGAAAUCUAUUAGUAUUUUUUUUUCAAAUCAAGCAUAUACAAUUAUUAAAAAUUCAUUUUUGCUCCACUGUUUGAACUUCUUGAAGAUGCAAACAAGUCUAUUUGCAGAAGACCUGAUUGUUUCAGCUUGCUUUAGGCCCAGAAUUGCAUCAUUUAUCUGAAUAAAAAAGCUUGCACUUCGUUAAGUCGUUGGCUA